ACAGAGCGGGACCUGGGCCAGGGUGACCACUAGACUGAGCUGGGGCGAACCCGGGGCCGGGGCACGGGGCAGCAGUCGUUGUUCCAGCCGCCACCGUGACUGGGCUAGGCUCGCCAGCGCCGAGCCCGCCUGGAUCAGACCUUGGGCGUCGGGCGGCGGGUCUGCGGCCGAACGGAGGGAGCAGGUGAGCCUAGGACGUUGAGCGUGUUGUCCUACUCUACCACGGUUGGGUGGAGGGCUGGUCCCGGGUGCUUGACAGACUUAUGCAGCUCCGUGAAGUGCAGCCCUGACCCCCAGUGUCUGUUCUCACGAGGUCACUCUUAGGCUUCGGGGAGCUAAGAGAUUUUUCUGAGUUUCCUUAGGCAUCAUCAGUGAGAACUCAAGUCUCCGGCCAUGCAGCUACAGGCCCUGAUCCAAAAGGACCGCCCCAUGCCACAAAGAGAGCCACCCGAGUUUUCAUGGCAUCCGGCUGGCGGCCUCUGACGUGCAUCCUUGACAACAAGAGUUGCUUGUUAAUCUCCCAGGGAGAAUCCCUUUCCUUAUAGGAGGGCCAGGCUGAGUGGGUCAGGGCUGGCCGUGUCCGGACUAUGCCGUCCAAGUCCGCUUGCCUGCGUCAUACGGAGGCACCUGGGCAGCUGGAAGGCAGAAUGCUCCAGGGACAGCUUUCGAACACCGAAAAGAAGCUCAUCCCAACAUCAGCCUCCUUACCAGCCGCUGACUCUCAGAGUUCACAGACAAACUCCAUGCCUCCUUUAAGCAUGCCAGCAAAACCAAGCAACCAGAACCUACAAGCCAAGGCAAACCUCAUCACCCCACAGCCACCCAUUAGACCCAAGUUGGAGAGAACCCUGUCCCUCGAUGACAAGGGCUGGAGAAGGAGGCGUUUCCGGGGUAGUCAGGAGGAUCUGACUGUCCAGAAUGGGGCCAGUCCCUGCAGGGGUUCCUUGCAGGACUCAGUAGCCCAGUCUCCUGCCUACAGUCGUCCCCUGCCCUGCCUCAGUACAUCCUUACAGGAGAUACCUAAGCCCCGAAGGGCCACAGGCAGCGAGGGAGGGAGCCCAUCCUUGUGGAGUGACUGUCUUUCUGGAAUGAUCAGCACCUCCUUGGACCUCCUGCACAGAGAGGCUGCCUCAGGUGGGCCCCACUCCAGGCUGGCAAGUUUGCGUGCUACACACACACCGCCAGCUAUGGACCUCAACAUAGCCUCCAGCUCCCUGAGAACAGCAAACAAGGUUGACCCUGAGCACACGGACUACAAGCUCCGCAUGCAGAACAGACUGGUCAGGGCCCACAGCAACCUGGGCCCUAGCAGACCCCGGAGCCCCCUGGCUGGUGACGAUCACUCCAUUCACUCAGCCAGAUCCUCUUUCAGCCUUCUGGCCCCCAUCCGCACCAAGGACAUCAGGAGCAGGAGCUAUCUGGAGGGUAGUCUUCUGGCCAGUGGGGCCCUGCUAGGGGCAGACGAGCUGGCCAGGUACUUCCCAGACCGAAACAUGGCUCUUUUCGUGGCUACCUGGAACAUGCAGGGCCAGAAGGAGCUUCCGGCAAGCCUGGAUGAGUUUCUGCUUCCCACCGAGGCUGACUACACACAGGACCUGUAUGUCAUUGGCGUUCAGGAGGGCUGCUCUGACAGGCGGGAAUGGGAGACACGCUUGCAGGAGACACUGGGCCCUCAGUACGUACUGCUGUCAUCAGCAGCACAUGGGGUCCUGUACAUGUCCCUGUUUAUCCGUAGGGACCUCAUCUGGUUCUGCUCAGAGGUCGAGUACUCCACGGUAACUACACGCAUCGUGUCUCAGAUCAAGACCAAAGGGGCCCUGGGCGUCAGCUUCACCUUUUUCGGCACCUCCUUCCUCUUCAUCACAUCUCACUUCACCUCUGGAGAUGGGAAGGUAGCAGAGCGGCUACUGGACUACAACAGAACCAUCCAAGCCCUCGCCUUGCCCCGGAAUGUGCCAGACACAAACCCCUACCGCUCUAGUGCAGGGGAUGUCACUACCCGGUUUGAUGAGGUCUUCUGGUUUGGGGACUUCAACUUCCGCCUAAGUGGUGGACGAGUGGCUGUGGAGGCCUUCCUGAAGCAGGACCCAGAGGUGGAUGUGCUGGCACUCCUGCAACAUGACCAGCUCACCCGGGAGAUGAAGAAAGGGUCCAUCUUCAAGGGCUUUGAGGAGGCAGAAAUUCACUUUCUCCCAUCCUACAAGUUUGACAUUGGGAAGGACACCUACGACAGCACCUCCAAGCAAAGGACACCCUCCUACACAGACCGAGUCCUAUACAAAAGCCGUCACAAAGGUGACAUCUGUCCCAUGAAGUAUUCCUCUUGUCCUGGGAUCAAGACUUCAGACCACCGUCCUGUGUAUGGCUUGUUCCGGGUGAAAGUGAGGCCAGGACGAGACAACAUCCCGUUAGCUGCCGGCAAGUUUGACCGAGAACUGUACUUGAUAGGAAUUAAAAGACGAAUUUCAAAAGAGAUUCAGAGACAAGAAGCACUGAAGAGUCAGAGCUCCAGUGCUGUGUGCACUGUGUCUUGAAGUUACCAGACCAGGACUGGCCAACUGCAGCUGAGGGACCAAGGUCACGGCAAAGAGAUGGGCUUGUUCGCCAGCGCUCCUGUAAUGCUGGGUUCUGACUAACCACAGCGAGGCUCUCCUGCUCUCAGCAGACCCCACCCCUCAGGACUGUCAGGAGUGGGCUGUGGCCAGGGCAAGCCUCUUCUAUAUCAUGCUCCCACAGGCACAUGGCAGGGAUUUGGUGAGUGGGGCGUGUGGACACCAAGCCACAGAUUCACGCCGUGCAGCAGUCCUGACUUCUUGCCCUUGAGCACUGCAGUCUUUUCAACCUUUUAUUCCUGUUCUCAUGCUAGAGCCCAGGUUCUAGGUCUGUAUCCUAAUAGCUCCUUUCCUCCAGGGAAAGAUCAGACCACCUCUGGUAUCUUAGAUGCUCAGUGCCUAGAACCUGCCAGGACUAGAAUUCUUGGAUAUUCCCCACAGACAUUUUGAUAGGCUUUGAGGUUCUGCAUCCUGGUCCCAGGCUCCCAACCCACAGUUGAGUAGGGACCUCUCCUCUCUGCAGGCUAAGCCCAGCUCUAUUGACUCAGUUCCUAGGAGCUUCGGAGCAUUUGCUUUUGUGUUGCUCGUCUCAGGAAGGAAGGCACUGGAAUUGUGUUGCUAGGCAGCACCUUGCUGGGUCUCACUCCGUGAAGAAAGCUUAGGCCUCAUCAUUCCUCUCAAUCAACCCCAUCCCUCAGAGACAUAGCCUUGAAUGUACAGACACCUAAGGGCAUCCACUCUAGUCUUCUAAAUUAUUUAUUUUUCCAUAUUUAUAUUUUUCAAUAAAUAAGGAUAUAUUCAACUGUAAA